UUCAGCUAUAGCUACACUGUCUAGUAAUUCACCAAAAUCAUGUGUAGCAGUCAAUAAUGUAAUACUUUUUCCAUUCUUAAUGUAAUACAGCUCGUUAAUUUCAUAAUCGGCCAGCAACGUAAUAACUUUUUGCCGAUAACGUAAUAAGUUUCAUUAUUAAAUGAAAAUGUAAAAUAUUACUGGCUAGUUGUUACAGUAUUAACUUGUAUUACAUUAAGAAUGGAGACAUCGUGUUAUUGCUAUGUUAGUGCAUUAUUGGUAGCUGUUACUUUAUUGGCUGCUACAUAGUGUCAGAACUAUAUUUAGUCACCCUAAGAAUCUAUGCUGUUAAGCUGAUUAAAGAUAUUUGACAACAGUGUACUAUCUAAAAAUUAUACAAAUUUGAGCAUUUUAGUCAUGUCCACUUCUAUCAGUUCAAAAUUACAACAGGGUAAAUAUGUUGGCUUUUUAUAACCGGAACAACUGCCUUUCAGUACAGAAUCUGUAUUUGAUCACAUUGUUUCAUAUUUUAUAUACAUACAUACAUACAUACAUACAUACAUACAUACAAACACACACCCCAAUGUGCCAAAACAUUAUGACCACCCCCUUGUGAAGUGAAUCAUGUUAACUAGCUCAUAAAAAUGUGUGUCAGGGUCUGUAAUAUGUUAGAUGAUAAGCUAGCAUACAGUACUUGUCAAUAUGUUAAAUGUAGAAGAAAUUAACCGGGAUAAAGAUCUGAGUGACUUUGACAAGGACUAAAUCGUUAUGGCCAGGUAACUGGGUCAGAGCAUCUCUGAAACAGCAAGACUUGUGGGGUGCUUACGGUCAGCUGUGGUGGGUACCUACAGAGAGUAGUCUGAUGAGGGAAAAGCCACAAACUGCUGAUGGGGUGUUGGGCAGCCAAGACUCGUCGAUCCAAGAUGUGGACAAAAGGUAUCCCGUUUGGUACAAAAGAACAGAACAGUUACUGUCAUGCAAUGGCAGGUAAUUUUGAUGAUGGUCACGAGAGGACUGUAUCACACGGCUGCUGCGUAUGGCAUGCGUAUUUAAAAGAUACGUGGGAUUGUUUUGACAAAAAUUGUUACCAGCACAUACCACUGACAUGUAGAAGUUAUGUGCUGCAUGACAAUAUUAUCAGUAAAGUUACUGAAUGCAUGUAUGGAUUCACUUCAUUCCUUGAAUCAGUGAUGUUUACAAUAAAAUCACUUUUCAAGUGUAAUUGGUUGUGUGACAAGCUGUUUUACAGGUGCAGAGAAAUUGUGAAACAUGAUUUAAAAGAAAACGAAAAAUUAAAUAGAUUAUGGGUAAAAUGUGUCACUUGAUCAUAUAUCAACUGUGUGAGCCCCGCAACUUCUGUGACAUUGUUUUCCAAUUCAAAGAAAAAGUGGCACGGAUAAAACGUUGGUUACACGAGGAACGUCCACUGCAGAGAAGCAAGUAAGAAGGCAAGCAAUUCUAGUCUGCCAUUACUCUGAAACGAGCCAUUCAUCAGUUUUGAAACCUUUUAACGUCUAGACUUUAAAAUUUGGUAAAACGUAGGGCUGUGGAAAAGUACAGGAAAAACAAGCUGUAUGAAAAGUUUCUACUAAUCAACAAACUUUAAAAUUACGAUUUCGGAAAACAAUGAAAAAAGGGUUAUUUGACGUUUUCGCAUUUUUUAGAAGUGGGAUAUUCGAGGGGUUUUCAGACUAGCCAAUGGGACGAAACUUACUUUGGACAAACGGAGUUGUGACGCUGUUUUUUGUGAAUACAGAGGAAGUUGCUUUCGUGCCCCUGCCUUUAUAAUCGUGAGCUAGAUCGGUAAAGCAGACAGAGCAAGACCUUCAAUCCGAUUUUCAACAUGAACGACGAUGGGAAAUAUUUGGUUUAUCAUGGGCUUUUACUUCCAAAAGAGACUCACAAUGAAGACAGUCUGAAAUACGCUGCGGAAUUGCAAAUUCGAGAUGAUGAUAUUUUUGUACUGACAUACCCGAAGUCCGGUACCACAUGGAUGCAAGAGAUUCUCCCGCUGCUUCUAAAUGGAGGAGACCUAACACCAGUUAAGACUAUACCAAACUGGGAUCGGGUUCCUUGGUUAGAGGAGACCAGGGCUGCGCUGGUUCUGAAAAAUCAAACCCUUCCACGCACUAUGGUCUCUCACCUGCCGUAUAAUCUAAUGCCUCGCACAUUUUUCACCUCCAAAGCCAAGGUCAUUUACGUCACCCGCAAUCCAAAGGAUGUAGCGGUGUCAUCUUUUUACUUCCACAAGAUGGCGAGCUUUCUUGAUGAUCCGGGAACUUUUGAUGAAUUCCUGGACAAGUUUCUUUCUGGACAAGUGAUGUUUGGAAAGUGGACAGAUCACGUAAAAAGCUGGAGGAACACUGAUUUGGGCGACAGAAUUUUAUACAUAAAUUAUGAAGAUUUGGUGAAGGAUCUAACAGGAGCACUUGUCAAAAUGUCACAGUUCCUGGGAAGGGAACACACUCCAGAGAUAUUACAGAAAGUGGCCAUGCACUGCUCCUUCAGCAGCAUGAAAAACAACAUUAUGUCAAAUUACUCUCUGGUGCCACAAGACAUUAUGAACAGCAGCAAGUCAUCCUUCAUGAGGAAAGGAAUUGCUGGCGAUUGGAAGAACCAUUUUAGCCCAGAACAGGAUGGAAAAUUUACAACAAUCCUAAAGGAGGAAAUGAAAGGAACGUCCUUUAAAUUGGAUUGAGAGUCUUGGAUUAAGAAUAAACAAAUUAAGGAAAUAGUGGCAUUAAUAAACAUUGUAAUAGCAAAAAAUAGAACUGUAUACUGCAUAUGUUGAACUUUAAUAAUGUGAAUGAUUUAUCUGAUUCAAUCAUACAUAAUGACAGGUGUAUUUUGUUUAAUAUUAAUUUUAUGUAACUAAAGUAAAAUGUGAAUGAGAAAUGCUAUAGUGAGAUUAUGAGACCGAUACAUAUGUUUGGGUGAUCCUAAUAGUCAGGGGUGUGGAGCAAUAGUGCAUCGAAAGGUAUACAGUAAUAAAUCUGUAAACCUGUCUUGUUUUAAUCAACUUAACUUUUUUUAGUGCAUCACUGUAAAAACUAAAAUUAAUUUAGAUGUUAUUUCAAACAUAUACUGUAUAGAGAUGGCUCAGUUUGCUUUUUGAUAUAUUUUGAUAUAUUUUUCCUCCAUUAAAGAAGAAGAAAAAAGACUCACUUGUAUAACACGGGAGCCAGAAUUAAAAAAAAUAAGCACUGUG